UAAGAUCCAGUCUUAGUGAUGAUUUGUUUUUCAUUGAAGCUGAUGGGGUAAAUAUUAUCCAGGGAUGAUAACAAGUCGCCAAAGAUAAGUUCUGCACUAAAGUAUUAAUGGCCAAACUACCGAAUGGCUGGUUUCAGCUGGUACCUUUCUGAAGGCUUCCAAGUUAUAAUCGAGAAGUCAAAGGAAGCAAAAUGCUCUUUACAAGAUGUACAGUUGCGUUUCUUGUGCCCUGACGAUUUAGAGGAAGUAAGGAGUUUGUGCAGAGAAUGGUUCCCCAUAGAGUACCCUCAGUCAUGGUACGAAGACAUCACUUCAUCAGAGAGAUUCUUUGCUCUCGCAGCAGUAUACAAAUCACAGAUCAUUGGUCUCAUAGUGGCAGAAAUUAAGCCAUAUUUGAAGCUAAACGCUGAAGACAGAGGAAUAUUAUCAAGAUGGUUUGCCUCUAAGGACACACUUGUUGCAUAUAUAUUAUCUUUAGGGGUGGUCCGCUCGUACCGGCGCUCCGGAGUGGCCACACUUUUGCUGGAUGUGUUGCUGAGCCACCUGGCGGGCGCUGCCCCGCAGCCGCCGCAUGACCACCGCGUCAAGGCCAUUUUCUUGCAUGUGCUCACCACCAACACUGAGGCUAUACACUUUUAUGAACAAAAAAGAUUCCGUCUGCACUCCUUCCUUCCCUACUACUACUCGAUCCAGGGCCGCAACAAGGACGGGUUCACGUACGUGUACUACGUGAACGGCGGGCACGCGCCGUGGGGCAUCUACGACUACGUGAAGUACGUGGCGCGCGCGGCGUGGCGCGGCGGCGGGCUCUACCCCUGGCUCUGGGGCAAGCUGCAGGCCGCGCUCACUAUCGCGUGGCACAGGAAUGCCUACAGAUUUUAGUGGCGCGUCGCGUACCCCGCAAUCCAGUGCGAGUUUUAGUUUGAGGACGAAAAGGCAUAUACAUUUAAUAUUUAAAAGUAUUUAUGAAUGUAUUAUUAUUUUAUAUAAUUUGACAUAUAUUUACAUCAUGUUUGUAAAGAAAUCGACAAAGAUAUAUGUGAUAAAUUUUAGUUUUACACUGAGGUACGUGAUCAUUAUUUUCUUGUAUUUUUGAGAUAUUUGGCAUAAGUUUGUGCGAUUACCUACAGUCGUAUUGACCGAGAAAUGUAAGAGACAAGACGAAGAAGGCAUUGGAAUUUUGCUGAAAUAUAAAGUUGUAUGUGUGCCAUGGAUAACUGCCAAGACAUUUAAAGUAAGGUGCCUGUGUGUUCAGUGUAGGAAUUGUGAAUAAACAUUAAAAUAUAUUCAAUUAUAAUCAAGAACUACAUUAGUACGGUCUAUUAAGGGUAUUCAGCAAUAAAAUAUACUCAUUUUUACUAUUUACCUAGCAUGAUGAGAUAACUUUAAUGAUUUUAUUUUGCGUAUGAAACUAUAGGUAAUAAUAUAUUUUGUUAACCUUUGUUUCCCACUAAAAAUGAACACCACAAACUCUGAGGUAAUAAAUAAUUUGUAAAAAGUUAAUUAUUGUACCAAAACCGCACAUUUACUAAAAAAAUAUCCAUCACUUUAUGUUGUGAUGACCAACUUGUGUAUUAAAUAUUAAUAAAACGCCAUGUUCACCAUACAGCGGCAAACUCCUUGACAUACGAAUCAUAUACAAUGCAUUCUUUGUGACGAAACAAAUUAGGUACAUUAAAUAAGUAAGUAAGUAGUUUUAAGUUUAUUCUUUGCAUCCAUAUUAAAAAUAUGUAAAAUUAAUUUAAACAACUUUACCAAAGAGAAUAGAGUCUAUAGAGACGGAUUGUCAAAGUAAAUUAUGUAGCCACUGUAAAUUUACUGUCAUCUUUCGACAUAAGAUAAAACUGUUAGAACGCCAUUUGACUUUAAUCCUUAUUCUUUCACUGAUAUGUGUUAACUUAUUAAAUAUUAAUAUUAACGCUAUCUACUCGACUAUAGGCCAAAGGUAUGGUGCAAUCUUUUCGAGCGAUGGCGCCAUAACCUUCAGCUUACUCUCGAGUAGGUGAUCAAUGUCAAAUGGCGUUCUAACAGUUUUAAACGUCUGUUGAAAGGUGGCAGUAAAUGUACUGUAGCUACAUAAUUUACCAUGACAACAAAGACAUAUGUAACUUCGUAUAAGAUGAAUAAAGUCUAAGGAAAAAACAUGCCUCGGAAAUCAAGAAAAGGUCAUUCUCGGAUAGAUGGCGCACUCACCUUUAGCCUAUGCUCGGCUAGAUGGCGUGACGACACCGUUUCAUAUUUAACAAUUUUAACACAUAGAUAUCAGUGAAUGAACAUGGGUCAAAAUGAUAUAAAAAUAAUAAAAUCAUUUAUCCAUAUACACUCAGCGUCAAAAAAAUCGCACAUCUUAACUUUUUUCUUUCAAGCGGUUUUAAACCUUAUAUUAUAUAAGGCAAGAUAAGACUAUGGGACCUUAUUUGAAAGGUUAUGAAAUCCUCUAUUGGAAAAUGUCGUAAAAUGGACGAUCUACCCCAUACAAAAAUAAAAAAAUUCAGGAAAAACGAAUCGACGUGUAUUCAGGUUAAAAUUGCAACGAAUAAAAUCACUACAAAAUCAACAGAUACAAAAAAAAACAAACUUAAAACCUAGUGCUGCUCUUGCCCUCCGAGUAGCUUCCAUGUGAUCAGUCAUGACUGUCAUGAGUGCCACGAUGCGUUUUUGAGGAAAGUUGUUCCACUCAUCAAUAAUGGCAUUUUGAAGCCUGUCGAGGGUGGCAGGAGCAGGAUCAGGCGACCGAACCCGCCGGUUUAGCUGAUCCUAGUGAUGUUUGAUUGGGUUCAGGUCAGGGCUCCUUGCUGGCCACUCCAUUACGGUGAUCCCAACCUUCCACAGUUAGUCUCACACAAACAACGCAGUGUGACAGCGGGCGUUGUCAUGCAUAAACUGGAAGUUGGGUCCAACAAAACCAUCAUAUGGGAUCACAUGCUCCUCCAAGAACACCGUUAUGUAACGCCGAGCAGUCAGGAAUCCCUGGCUGUGACCACCUUCAGUGCGGGAAAUGCACAGGAGAUCAGUUUACUCGUCGAUCGAAAUGCCGCCCCAGAACAUGCGAGUUCCGUCCCCUUAGCAGACGGUUUCUUCAGUGCAGGCUUGCGUAAAUUGCUCUCCCUGCCUCCUAUACACCCCUCUGCACCUGUCGUUGGUGUAAAGGCACACCCUCGUCUCGUCGGAAAAGAGGACAUUCCUCUAUUGUUCAAACGUCCAAUCUUCGUGCAGUCGGCAAAAUUGCCUCCUGGCUAGUCGAUGCUAUUGCUUUAAUUGGGGGCCUGUAGCAGCUCUACGGGGCAACAUCCUCUUCUCUUCCGGCUUUCUUCCGAUCGUAGAGAUGAUUACUGCUGUUUUUUGAGCUGCUUGAAGCUGCUGCUGCAGCUCAACAGCCUCGGAGAAACGGUUCUGCAAAGAGUUCGAUACAAUGUACCGGUUGUCUCUAGCGGAAGAGCAGUGUUGUCUUCCAGGUCCAGGCCUCCUGAUGUAACCACCAGUCACCUGGAACCCCAGCAAGACUCGACGGACUCGGAAACCGCUUAUGUUAAAUCUUUUAACCUUUACCCUCCAUUUUAUACCCGUCCCGGAUUGCACAACAACGGACCGAUUAAAAUUGGAUCUCGGACCUUUUUUAAACAAAACGCCUAUGUUCGGUGAUGGUUGUUUUUAGGAUAAUAACGAUUUAUCUUUUUAAAGUUCAUUAAUUGCGCUUUCAAAUGAUACCAAUAUUGACAGGGUACAAUGCAGUAGAUAAGAGCUAUAUUUGCUUGAAACGAAUGUUUGGCGAGGUGCGAUUUUUUUGACGCCGAGUGUAUAUAAUUUUUUUAAAUAAUUUUAUACGUUUUCAUUUUGAGUUUUAGUCGUGUGUUGAUAGAUGGCAGUAAAUUUACUGCGACUACAAAAUUUACUAUGACUCUAUACUAUCUAUUCUCUUUGAUGACAGUAACUCUCUAUUUCAAAUUCUCUUUGACUUUACUAAAUUAUGUGGAAAUAUUUUAUUACAAUUUUUAACUACUUAAAGUGUCUUAAAGUAUGAUUUACGACUGUUUCGUUUUAUAAUUAUGUGCUGUAGAACUCUAUGGAAGCACCGUAUCAGGCACUAAUAAUUAUUUGUGCACUUUCCCAGGGUAGGCUUAUAUUGUUACUCAUUGUAAACCAAAGUAUUUUAAUUUACAUGAUUUUGUUACUAGCUGUCGAUGUUUUUUUCUAAUUAUUAUUGAUUAAAUUAUUGUUAAGUGUU